UAUUGCGGUGGAGCAAUUUUCAAUUGUCAUUAGGAAACCUGGGCUCAAAUUCCAGCCGUUUUGUUUUAGUUUUUUGCUUUGUUUAAUACAGUAAAUAAUAUGAGCAAGGUGUUUAAAGGCAAGGCACAACCUCAUUAAUCCAUAUCCAUAAUUCCUAUCCUUAUUAAACAGCCUUAUGCCAGUUUUUGUGCUUGAAUUUUUUCUUUCCUCUUCCAGGUUGCACUGCUAGAUGUGGACAUCUGUGGGCCAUCUAUACCAAAGAUAAUGGGGUUAGAGGGGGAGCAGGUUCAUCAGAGCGGCUCAGGCUGGUCCCCAGUGUAUGUUGAGGACAACUUGGCUGUCAUGUCCAUUGGCUUCCUGCUCAGUAGUCCAGAUGAUGCUGUUAUCUGGAGAGGCCCCAAAAAGAAUGGUUGGUACUUUAUUUUAGCCCUGUCUUCUGUUGUACACAUCAGGAAUAUAAAAUUGUUCAUUUUCUUAAGUAGUUUAAAUUGCAUUCCUCAAAGACAUGCAGUCUUAUUUAGCUGUGAGUUGUAUUGGAAUCCAAACAUGGCAAAAGUGUGACAAUACGUGGUAUCUGACUGCAGAGCAAUUAUUUUUGAAUCUAUGGAUCUUAGGGAUA